CCUCUAGAUAGCGUAGUUAAGCUUCCUUGUUGUAGCCAUGGCUAAGUAUUUACAGAGUGCUCCUGUUAGCCAGGAAGUAUUACAGCACAAGGAGUUCCUCUUGGACGGCUUGUUCAUGGAGCAGCGCUCCCAAGGAGUACCGAAUCCGAACGAGGCCUUCAUAGUGAACCCAGGCCUUCCUAUGCAGUUUGGCAUCACCGCGGUUACUGAUUAUGAAAUAUAUGAUGGCAUUGGCCCUGACAAGAAGCUUGUUGCACGCGCACAGGGGUCAAGUAUGGGGGUUGGUUCAACUGAAGGAACCUGGUCCUUUUGUUUCAACAUGGUGUUCGUCGAUGAGAGGUUACGUGGUUCCAGCCUUAAGGUGCUUGGAAAUUGUGGCUUGCCACUAGAAGGUGAAUGGGCAAUCCUGGGUGGGACGGGUGAGUUUGCCUAUGCACAAGGUGUUGUCACCUUCAAGCCUACUACGCACAAGUUGUUCAAGGAGCUUCAGAUCCGUGCCUUGUGCCUCAACUUCUCAUCGUCCCUUUCAGUGGUAUAUACUUAUACUUUUUGUUUGCAGUUCAUACAUGGAUCUGAGAGAAUUUCUAAAACACAUUAGCAACGCAGCCUGUAAAGAUGGGGCCAUGGGGCGAAAAUGGAGGUUUCCCUCAAGUCAUGACCGCAGGAAAGCCGUUGUGUGAGCCCUGGAUUACAAGUCCAAUCGUGAACCCUUCUCUGUUCCCUCUCGCGUCGCCUCGCGCGCAACCGUGAGGGAACCCUAGCCGCCGCCGCCGGGUCUCCCCCCUCUACUCUCCUCCUCCCUCGCCACCGCCCGAGGGCGCGGCCUGGCGAACCCCGGUCGUCGUCGCCGGCGGCGGGGUUCCUUGUCUCCUCGCACGGCGGCUUCGGCUCGGGAUGCGGCGGCCGGUCGGGGACGCAGCGCUUGGCGUCGGGCGCGGCGGCGUGGCUGCUCAUCGGCGUUGAGGUGUGGCGGCGGUGCAAGCUGGCGACGGGACAGGCGGCGCGGUGGUGGCGCGCUCGUGCUGGCCGGGGAUGGCGUGGGUGUCUCUGGCGGCGGCGCUCAGAUCUGGUCGCCACGAGGCGCGGUCGGGGGCUCUCUAGGCUGCGGGUGGCCGCCCUCUGCCGUGCUGGUGGGGGGUGGCGGCGCUGCAGUGCGGGUGCUGCAGGCCAACGGGUGGUGACGGCGCGGCGGCGCGUCCGGAUCCGCCCCUGACGCUGCGGGCUGCGGGCGGCCCUUUCGCCGGAGCGCGAUGGUGAGGGGGCGGCGCGGCGGCGGUGGAGAUGGGCGACCCUCGUCUAGGCAGGCCCUUGCGCCUGGACGGCGGUGCUCGGCGCGGGAGGGCCUCCCUGGUGAGAUUCCUAGGCUACGGCGGCGGGUCGAUUUGGUUUCCCUCCUCGGCGGGCGCGCGUUUGCAGAUGGCCUCGCGGAGAUAUGUGCUAGCUACCAUGGUGGGGCGUCACGGGGGCGCCCGCGGGGGAGCUAGGUAGGAGGGACGGGUGGCCUCAAUGCAGUCGCGCCACCUGUCGCUGGCACAGUUUGCUGGCCCGGAUGCAUCCGCUCCUCCUUCUCCUCCUUUCCUCGUGCUCGGCGGGGAGCUCGGUUGGAGGGAUGUGUGGCCUCGAUGCGGUCGCGUCACCUGUCGCUGGCACGGGAUGUGCCGGUCCGGAUUCGUCCGCUCCCCUUUCUCCCCCGUUCCUCGGCCGCGGACGGGUUGGCGUAGGUCUUCCAGCAGAGCGUCUGCGGGUGGAUCUGUCGGUCGAGGGCUGUCGGUUGGUCCAAAGCCGGGGCCUUUGUGUAGGUCUCGGGGUUGUCUGGUUGCAGGGCGGCGGUUCUGGCGACGGGAGGCGCGGCGUUUGCGGGCGGAGCGUGCGUCUCAGGUGCGGGCAGGCAUCCAUGGCCUCGCGGGUGGCGUGGUUGCGGGUGGUUGACGGAGUUAGGGUGCGACGGUGGGGUGUGGGCGUCAGGGUACACCACUUGCCCAGUCCUCUGACUGGCCGACGGUGGCAGCGGCAAUUGACGCCAUACCCUUUCUGAAGGCUCCGUCGCGGCGUUCCCACUCUUACCGCCUUGCUCCAGGUGAAAACCUGAUCUUCACGGAUCGGGCGGUGGCGACUAUCCAUGGUUGUACCUUUCUUGGAGGCAUCGCUUUGGAGGCCUGGCUUCAUUGUUGUCCGGUUCACCUCUCUAUUGUUGCCGGUGGGGUGGUGUGUCGGUGUCCCGUACCUUUGUAUCUUGUCUUGGGUGUGUGCGUUGUGUGUAUUGUUCGGUCUAUCGGUUGUAAUCGAUGUGGUGCUUUACAUAUAAAACGGUGGAAACUUUUUCGUCAAA